UGCGUUCGGCAUUCAAUUGACAGCGGUUGGCCAACAAGGUUCAGCGCAUCCAACCAACGCAAACGCUGUGUUAGAGCAUGAAGAUUAUACAAUUAUUGCACAUCGUGUGUGUUAUCACAUCCAUCGAUGCCCACGGCUACAUCAUACGCUAUGAGAUGAAGAAAGCCCGUUGCUUGAAUCCGCCACGCACCGCCAGACGCGUGGAGUCCGUGAUCGGAGAGUGUCAGGAGGAGGUCAAGAACAAGCUGGUAACUGAGGCCUAUGAGAUACUCAAGGAGCAGGUGUCGCAGGAGCAGCCGCCGCUUGAUCUGCACAGCGAUAGCGUCGAGUUAAUCGAGUCAUUCGACUGGCAACCAGUUCAUGAAGAUCCGCUGCUCCAACCUCCGCCCAUUGAGCAGCCAAUCAAUGCCACAAACUACGAAUACAUCAUCUACGAUGAGCCGGAGCCACGUCGUCGUGUGGCACGUUUGGUGCGCAGUCUUAAGCGAUUGGAUGUGGCCAGUGCUGGGAUUUAUCAUCCGACUCUUGUGCCACUCGAGGAUAAACGCAUCGCUGGGUGUCUGCUGCACUGCGUCUAUGCGAGAAACGACGCCAUUGACAAGAAUGGCUGGCCAACACUGGACGGCUUGGUGGACUUUUACUCGGAGGGUGUAAACGAGCACGGCUUUUUUAUGGCCACAUUACGUUCCGUAAAUCUCUGUCUGCGCGCCAUGACCAAUAAAUAUCAUGUGAAUCGCAAGCAAAUGCCGCGCAAAGGCGAGAGCUGUGAUCUGGCAUUUGAUGUCUUUGACUGCAUAUCCGAUCAGAUAACAGGAUAUUGCCUGGAUCAAUAUAGUAGAUAUUAGACAAAUGCAUUUAAUAAAAGUGGUUCUCUUUAUUUGAU